AUGUCAUUCGUAUGUGGUCAGAAAUUUUCCGUCCUCCCAGCACUUUCUGUAGAUAGUGUCAUAGCUCUAGACAUUUUCGAAGGUGCAGUCAAUAAAGAAAAGUUCAUAGGAUUUCUGCGCGAGCAAGUUGCCCCCAAACUCACACCAUUCCCAGGUCCUCGUAGUGCUGUCGUGAUUGAUAAUUGUGCCAUUCACCAUGACGAAGAUGUCCGGCACAUAAUCGAAGGACUCUGUGGUAUGUGUUCUGUAAAAUGA